UGAUAAGAACGAUGCUACUGAAUGGUUAUUUCUGAAUCACGAACCAUGGUCAACUGUUUUAGAAACAUGGUCAACAAGCUUUGGUUACCGUAAACAAUUUGAUAAAUGUUUGAUAAGAACGAUGCUACUGAAUGGUUAUUUCUGAAUCACGAACCAUGGUCAACUGUUUUAGAAACAUGGUCAACAAGCUUUGGUUACCGUAAACAAUUUCUUCAGAAAGAAAGAGUCAUUCCCAAACUUCUAGACACAUUCUCACACUACAAAAGCGUUCACGGAUAUCAACUCGUGAGUACAAACUGGUAUGUUUUUUAUUCUCAAUAUAAUUUCAAAUUUUCUCUAUUAUUGCAGAUCGACAUUGAUUUUCGUCUUCUGAAUGCCAGCGCAAGCAAUUAUUCUCAAAAAAUAGCAACUGUGAUACCAGCAGUUGUAUCAUUUGCAACUACAAAAGCGGUGGAUCCAUCAGCUAAUGAACUGGUCAAGGCUUUGACCGAUAGUUUGGCAAGUGAUGAUACAAAACACUGCGCACUGUUGCUUUUAUUGAAUACUGUGUUACCACCUACCUCAGCAGCAUUCCGGUUUAAACCCACUAUUCGUCUUGCUCAAGAGGACACGAUCAUUUUCGCAGCAUCUCUUUCCGAAGCAAGACUGAAAGUACAAAACAUUUACGAAACAUAUAUAGAAAGAAAUUUACCGGUAGUACCAAAACUAAUUGCACUGGGCAGUGACUAUAAAAGUCUUGAAGGACGGUUUUUUGUUCAAUAUAAUGAUAUCUGCUACGAAUUCAAGUCAGCAAGACGAGCCACUGAUGUACUGAUUAAACUAUCAGUAGUAUUUGGUUUACAGUCAUCAAGAAUUUCAAAAUUAGUUUGGAAUUUCAUAAAGCAUUUUGCUUAUGAUAUAAAACAGCGAGAGUCGUAUGCCAGUAUCAAUAAUUUGUUACAUUAUUUAAGUGGUUGUGAGGCAGGAGUAUCAUAUAACAAUGAUUAGCUGUAUGUUUCAAGGCUGCGCUCAAACGUUCUCAAACGGCAAUGAGUAUUUAAACCAUUUGAAAUUACUACACGAAGUACCUGUAAGUUAUCUCUACAAAUGCACAAUGCCAAACUGUAAACAAAUAUUUACUAAGCUAUACCCAUUUCAAAAGCAUAUCAGGCAUCAUCCAGGACUUGAAAAUAAACCGUGUACACCGAACAAAGUGAUAGAUGGUCAGAAAGCACAUUCAGUAGAAGAGUUCUUGUUAGGUUCAGACCAUGUUGUUAAAAAACGUAUAUUAAAUAUUGGCGAUUAUUCACCCUUGGACGAAUUCAUUUGUGGAUUAGAACGAAUCGAUAACGCAGCAGUUAAGUUUACAUUAAGUAUGCACGCGAAAAAUAAUUUCACCAGAAAAGACGUUUAUGAGAUACAGCAGGAAGUAACUAACAUUUUCACAGACAUAGCAGAUCAAAUUGAAAGCUUGGACAUAUCUUCAGCAACUCCAGAAACGAAAUAUAGG